AUGUCAUCCGAGGAAGAUGAAGAAAUGCCUUACGAUCCGGAUUCGGAGCUUGAAUGGGCCAGGGAUAAGCUCGAGAAGACUGCAGACAGUAAUGCCGAAGUAUACGAGCACUUGAAGGAUAUCUGUCACCGCUUUCAACUCGAGAACUAUAAGUUGCGACAACGACUUUCCGACUCUACCCCGGACGCUCUGCGCGAUCUACGCGACGAGAAUAGGGAACUCAAGUCUCAGGUGGCCUCCUUACAUCAGGAGAAUCAGAAACUGCAGGUGGAACGUGACGAGAGCGCUCGACAAUUGCAAAGGCUUUAUCAGCGAUUGCAACUUGUUCUCGCCGAGACCUUUGAAGCCACAUCGUACCUAGCAGUUGGACAGAGCAAUCAUCCAAGUUCUCCACAUUCUCCUGCGACGCUUCGGCCUCGCCGCCCGCCUUCCCUUCCACGACCGUCUUCUCGAGCUUCCGUCGCCACAGCAGAGCUUGUAGACACCACAUGCCGGACUUGUACCACCCGUACGCAUGCCUCUACACCACCCCCGUCGAGACCCGUCCUCUCGCACUCUCCUUCAUCGACGACCGCUUUGGGUGCACCCUUCACGGAUGCGCGAGACUUGGUCAUCGCAGGUCCUAAUAGCGCGAAGAAGGGCCACCUUUAUGGUGGCCAGCCUCGCAUGCGAACUCGUGUCCGAAGUGGGGAUUUCGGCAGCCCAAUGCGCGUGCCUUCCACUUCUGCUCUGACCGUCACGAAUCGCAUGACAUCGCUCACGAGUAGCCCCGGAGCUAUAAGUGAGAUAGAGGGACCUUCUGUGCAGUACGACCAUGAUCAUUCACAACCCUCGGCGUCCCCGAGCACCCGGGGUACAUCUUCCUCUCGUCCGAAGUGGCGUAUCCACUUCGCAAAGGCGCCCACAACUAGCCGUAUAGCUACCAGCUUCGUCACUCAGGGAACACUUUCUUCGACCCUUGGAUUCGACCGCGAUAUUGACAAUGUGUUAUCCUCGUUAGGUCAGCGCGAACCGAACAGCAUGCGUCUCGUCGUUAGGGAAGGUUACGGCUUCAUCUUCGACCCUGUUGUUCUUGAGAAUCCACGAGCAACAUACCUUGUUGAUUGGGGCGAUGUGAUCAAGAACGACGAGGUCACUCGAUACAUAGCCUCGUUGACGGCCAAUGAUAGUACUCUGCACACUUUCAUAUAUUCAGCCAAAAAUCUUGGAUGGCUAUACCUCGGCCACUGCGAAUGGGAUGUGACUGAAGAAGUCGGGACCGUGUGGAGCAUGCUUAAUUCAGCCGCCCAAAAAACACUUGCAGGCCGCCGCGCCGCUCAACGGUCACCUGCUCAAUUCUUACACAAGUUGGCACACUCCGAGCUAGUGCAACUAGUCGUCCAUCUCAAGCCAGUGGACGAUGUUUCGCAGGAACAGGCCGUACUCAGGCGACUCCAGCAGGCCAUUUCCGUCACGGCAUGA